AUGCCUUCCAAGAACUCAAUCAAUAGACCUAAGCUAACUUCAAACCUGAACCACAGGGUGCACUCUUUGGGUAAGAAGAGAGCUCAAAGAGAAAAAGCAGGUCUGUUGCAGCCAGCCAGAUCCAGCGCAAACUCUAGAUCCGGGGAAAUCAAAUCUGUAGCACUGGACCUAUACUUCCAAAAUAAGAAGGAUGCAGGCGAAACUUCCACCGCUGUGACCCUACCAACACCACCAUCUCACCCAGCUUCCAUCACUACAAGGACCCUUUCCAAGAAGAGGGCUAAGAAAAUCGAAAGAAACUUGAAAUACGCUGCGCAAAGAAAACUGUUAGUCGAUGCAAGUGCUAAAGUAGAAGACGAUAUGGACAUCGACUUGGACAGCACCAAGAAGGUGAAAGAAAAUGAAAAGAAGAAAAGUUCUUUGACUUUGGUUAAGGAAGCUUUGUGGAAUGUGAUUGACGACACCUCGUCUCACGGCUUACUCAUCGAGAACGGACAAGGUACUACUUUGGGUGGCCCAUUCUUCCCAUGA